UCUUGAGAUUAUUAAUAAUGUGGUUUUCUGUCCACUUCCCCUAUGCAGGUGUCCAACGGCUGUGUGAGUAAGAUUCUGGGCAGGUAUUACGAGACUGGCUCCAUCAGACCCAGGGCGAUCGGUGGGAGUAAGCCCCGAGUAGCCACUCCGGAAGUUGUAAGCAAAAUAGCCCAGUAUAAGCGGGAGUGCCCGUCCAUCUUUGCUUGGGAAAUCCGAGACAGAUUACUGUCCGAGGGGGUCUGUACCAACGAUAACAUACCAAGUGUGUCGUCGAUAAACAGAGUCCUUCGCAACCUGGCUAGCGAAAAGCAACAGAUGGGGGCAGACGGCAUGUAUGAUAAACUGAGGAUGUUGAACGGGCAGGCCGGAAGCUGGGGCACCCGCCCCGGCUGGUAUCCGGGGACCUCGGUGCCGGGGCAACCCGCGCAAGAUGGCUGCCAGCAACAGGAAGGGGCGGGCGAGAACACCAACUCCAUCAGCUCUAACGGGGAAGACUCAGAUGAGGCCCAAAUGCGACUUCAGCUGAAGCGGAAGCUGCAGAGAAAUAGAACAUCCUUUACCCAAGAGCAAAUUGAGGCCCUGGAGAAAGAGUUUGAGAGAACCCACUACCCAGAUGUGUUUGCCCGAGAAAGACUAGCAGCCAAAAUAGACCUUCCUGAGGCCAGAAUACAGGUAUGGUUUUCUAAUCGAAGGGCCAAAUGGAGACGGGAAGAGAAACUGAGGAACCAGAGGAGACAGGCCAGUAACACACCCAGCCACAUUCCCAUCAGCAGCAGUUUCAGCACCAGCGUCUACCAGCCAAUCCCGCAGCCCACCACCCCCGUGUCGUCCUUCACAUCCGGCUCCAUGUUGGGCCGGACGGACACAGCCCUCACCAACACGUACAGCGCACUGCCGCCCAUGCCCAGCUUCACCAUGGCCAACAACCUGCCUAUGCAACCCCCAGUCCCCAGCCAGACCUCCUCGUACUCCUGCAUGUUGCCCACCAGCCCCUCGGUGAACGGGCGGAGUUACGAUGCCUACACGCCCCCGCACAUGCAGACACACAUGAACAGUCAGCCCAUGGGCGCCUCGGGCACCACUUCCACAGGUCUCAUUUCCCCUGGUGUGUCAGUUCCAGUCCAAGUUCCCGGAAGUGAACCUGAUAUGUCUCAGUAUUGGCCACGGUUACAGUAAGCAAAAAAAGAAAGAAAGGAAAGAAGGAUUGUGUUCCUUUGGUCAGUGACUUCUGUGGACACCGUGGCUGGCGUUCAGGAAGGAAGGAGGAUAGCUGGAGGAAGCACUUGGGUCUGCACCGUGUCCUGGGUAUCACUGGGGGACAGACUUGAAACAAGGACCUUUGUCUGCAGAAGGCAGGAUAUCAGUUGGAACAAAUCUUCAUUUUGGUAUCCAAACUUUUAUUCCUUUUGAUGUAUUAUUUGUAAAUGGGCAUUUGUAUGUUAUGAUGAAAAAAAGAACAACGUAGCCUGGACGGAUGUUUGAUCUGUGUUGGUCAUGAAGUCGUUUUGCAAAACAGGAAACCAUGAUCAACAGGGUCUGCCAUGGAUUGAAGAGUUUUAUCAAGAUAUAUUGAAUACUUCUCCCCAUCUGUUCAUAGUUUAUGGACUGAGGUUCCAAGUUUGUGUCAUUCCUUUGCAUAUAAUUAAACCUGGAACGACGUGCACUAGAUUUAUGUAAGAAAUAUCUGUUGGUUUUCCAAAGGUUGUUAACAGAUGAAGUUUAUGUGCAAAAAAGGGUAAGCUAUACAUUCAAGGAAGAAAAAAAGUUGAUAGCUAAAAGGUAGAGUGUGUCUUCGCUAUAAUCCAACUUGUUUUAUGUCAAAAUGUAAGUAUUUGUCUUCCCUAGAAAUCCUCAGAAUGAUUUCUAUAAUAAAGUUAAUUUCAUUUAUAUUUGACAAGAAUACGCUAUAGAUGUUUUAUACACAUUUUCAUGCAAUCAUACGUUUCUUUUUUGGCCAGCAAAAGUUAAUUGUUCUUAGAUAGAGUUGUAUUACUGUUCACAGUCCAAUCAUUUUGUGCAUCUAGAAUUCAUUCCUAAUCAAUUAAAAGUGCUUGCAAGAGUUUUAAACCUAAGUGUUUUGAAGUGUUCACAACUACAUAUCAGAAUUAACCAUUGUUGAUUGUAAAGACCAUGCCAAAGCCUUUGUAUUCCCUUUAUUAUACGAUUUUCUUUUUAACCUUA